GGCGGCGCCGGCUGCCGCGGAGCCAGCCGAGUCCCAGCGCCUCACCUGCGCCCGCUGCGGCGGGCCCACCGACCGCCUCGCCACAGUGUGCCUGUGUCGUGCUCAUCUUGCCGGAUCCGUGGUGAAGAAGUGUUCAGUGCAGCCUGGAGGGAGGAUUAAUUUAUUUUUGGAAAUCAAGUGCAAUAUUAAAGGAAAGCAAACCGCACUACAUUAUUGGAAGCCAUUUCUGCUAAUUUUAUUACAUUUUAAAAUUGAUGGUUUGAUUUGCAUACUGUCAUGGGAGGAGCUGUGAGUGCUGGGGAAGAUAAUGAUGACUUGAUUGAUAACUUAAAAGAAGCGCAGUAUAUCCGCACUGAGCGAGUGGAGCAAGCCUUCAGAGCGAUUGAUCGCGGAGAUUACUAUUUGGAAGGCUACCGGGACAGUGCGUACAAAGACUUAGCCUGGAAGCAUGGCAACAUACACUUGUCAGCACCUUGCAUUUAUUCUGAAGUUAUGGAAGCGUUGAAACUUCAACCAGGACUGUCUUUUCUUAACCUGGGAAGUGGAACCGGAUAUUUAAGUACAAUGGUGGGCUUAAUUUUAGGUCCUUUUGGAGUAAAUCAUGGGAUUGAGCUUCAUUCAGAUGUGGUGGAGUAUGCCAAGGAAAAACUGGAGAGCUUCAUCAAAAAUAGUGAUAGCUUUGAUAAAUUCGAGUUCUGUGAGCCUGCAUUUGUGGUUGGUAAUUGUCUCCAGAUAGCAUCCGACAGCCAUCAGUAUGAUCGGGUCUACUGUGGGGCUGGAGUGCAGAAGGACCAUGAGCACUACAUGAAGAUCCUGCUGAAGGUCGGGGGCAUCCUCGUGAUGCCUAUAGAAGACCAGUUAACACAAAUUAUGCGAACUGGACAAAACACUUGGGAAAGUAAAAACAUCCUUGCUGUGUCAUUUGCCCCACUUGUGCAGCCGAGCAAGAAUGACAAUGGCAAACCAGAUUCUGUGGGCCUCCCCCCCUGUGCUGUCAGGAAUCUGCAGGACUUGGCUCGUAUUUACAUUCGACGCACACUUAGAAAUUUCAUAAAUGAUGAGAUGCAGGCCAAGGGGAUUCCUCAGAGGGCUCCGCCCAAAAGGAAAAGGAAGAGGGUCAAGCAGAGGAUUAACACUUACGUCUUUGUGGGGAAUCAGCUCAUUCCUCAGCCUCUAGACAGUGAGGAGGAUGAGAAGAUGGAAGAAGAUGAAGAGGGGGAGGAGAGAGAGCGCGGCGAAGCCCAGAAGCUGGAGGAGCCGCCCCAGAACCUGCUGAGGGAGAAGAUCAUGAAGCUCCCCCUGCCCGAGUCUUUGAAAGCUUACUUGACGUAUUUUCGGGAAAAAUAACUUAGGGCAAGAAGAAAGAAUGCCUACUGAUAAUUCCUUUAGUCUUGAAAAUGUAGCAUUUGUUAGAAGUUAAAAGAGAAUUCUUUCAUCAGAGUGACUUUUUAGUGGAAAAAGUAUAACUUGUUUCUGUCUUAGUAAUAAAAAUGAUGUAUUCUGUGAUUAAAAAGAAUCCCUUUUAUAAAAUAUAUUUUUCUUUAAAUCUUGGAAAAAUUGCUGUUUUAACUCGGAGCGACUUCAAGAGUGGAAUGUAACAGUAGUCGAGACUGGGUCCUUCAGAUCCUCGUCUGGUUCCUUACAGACUAGUAGUGGUGAGGGUUAGAUUUGAUUUUCCGUAAGGUGAAAUAAUCGUGAAGCAUAUGUAGUCUGAUUCGAAUUGCAGCCAUUUGCAUUUCCUCCAUGAAACCUUUAUCUAACAAGGAAAUCAGCAGCUUUGUGUGUUGCAGUCACUAUUGCUGAGUUGCUGUAGGUCUGUUCCGGGCAAUGUAUGAGUGCAAUAACGAUGCAGAUAUGGAGUAACGUAGCUUUAAAAAGCCUCCUUUCAGGGAGUUCAACAGCACUGCUCUCUUGCUCUUGAAUCUGUUGCCAAAAGACAUGGGGAAAACAUCUUCUCUCAUAGAGAUUUUAGGAGCACGUCAAGUGAAUAUUGAAGUAAAACGUAUAUACUUAAUACAACUCUUAGUUUGUGUGGACCCUUUACAUUUUCAGUAUUUAACAAUGAUGAGGUUAUCUUACUCUGAAGUUUUAGAAGACAGUAUAUUUAGGACGGUUUUCCCUGUAGCCCACCGUAUAAAGUAUUUGCUUUAAGAGAGUCCGUUGUCCUACGCGACUGUGGGUGGCUCAUCGGUGAAUCGGCCUGAGCGGGCUGGUCACGGGUGCACUUUAGCAAAGGGAACUCCUGGUUCAUUGGCAGGUUCACCCUUGACAAGUAGGGCUGCGCCAGCCUGCAUUUGCUUUGGAAUUCAUCUUUGUAGCAUAGAAAGUAUUCACAGAAAUUAUAUGUAGGUGACCUUUUCUUUGAAAAUUCGGAAUCAUUGUGUAAUCUUUGGGACCUACAUUGGGCUCAUUUAAUUUCUUCCCAUGUUUUUAUUUUGUUCUUGUUUCUUGUGGUAAAGUAACAGUGAUUUUCAUUUUUUUGCUUAAUAUCACAUACUACUGUAUUCAUUAUUUGAAUGUCAGUAGUGAAACAGGUGGUAAAUGCCAUUAUUAGUGUGUUUCUUUUCUUCCUACUAGGGCCUAGAAGAGUCAUUCCUUGUUUAAGAAAGUAUACAGUGUAGCAUAUUUACUAUUCAGUGUUCCAUGGAUUAUAUAUUUUUUAAAAGGAAAAAUUUGAGAGUAUCACUUACCACCACCAGCAUCACUGUUAACAACUGUUGAACAAGUAUGCUUGAGGAAACGCACUCAAUGUGUAGUGGAAGGAUUAUUAUGUCUCUGCAAAGAUUCAACCGUUAGAUGAAUGGUUUAAAAAAAUCUUAGCUCUGGUAAUUCCACACAUCUAAAAACAACUGUUUGAAAUAUGCUAAGCAUGAAUUAUCCCAGGUAAAUCAGGAUAUUUUAGUAAUGUGAAAGAUAAUUUCGUGGAAGCUGUUUGUUUUUUACCAUUGACUGGGCUUGGGCGUUGGGGGUAUCUCCACAAUUUUUCUUAGGUGAUUACUAAGCUGUUAUUGUUAAGAAAUGCCCCAUUCAUUUCUAUCAAGGAAAAAAAAAUAGUUUCAUACAAUUAGCAUGUUAGAAAUGUUCAUUUUAUUUUGAAAUCAGUGUCCAUUUUAGAAGUUUAAUUUUGAGUUAAACUUAUUUUUAUCUAGCCGCCCCCCCACCAGUUUGUUGUUUUCGGGGCAAGUGUUCAGAUACGUAAACAACGUUUUCUUAAAUCAUGGUGUUAACUAUUCAUGAGGGACGUUUUUGUUAAGGAUAUAUUUGAAGAUGGAGUUUUUCAUAUCAGCUUUCAUUCUGUUGGCUUUGGCAAAAUGUACAGUAGGUUUUCAUAAUCACUGCCUAUUUUUUGUCAUUGAAAUGUAUCUUUUGUGUUUUUAAAUGCAUUUAUUUCACAGUUGUGACUUUACUAUUGACUUUAAAUAAAGAAGUAGAAAUAAAAAAUGAAAUUUUAAGCGAAA